AAGAGUUACGGGCCUGCACGUUUGAUGAAAAAUCGUCAAUAUAUCUACAAUAAAUCUGUGCGUCAGUGUUCUGGAAACAUGGGGUACAAAAAGGGAGAUGUCAUUAUGACUUCGGAACCUUAUGCACAUGUUCUGGCCUUGCGACACCGCUCCGAGAGAUGUAGUUACUGCUUAAUGAGAAGUGCAGAUUUGAAGAGAUGUACAGCAUGCACCCAGCUACGAUACUGUAGCAAAAAGUGUCAGAGAGCAGACUGGUCUGUACACAAGCUUGAGUGCCAGUGUCUGAAGAAAGUAGCACCCAACACACCGACUGACAGUGUGCUGCUUAUGCUGAGGCUAGUCUUGAAAUAUCUGAGUGGUGAUCACCUGAAGAAAGUGUAUGGAGAUCCAGGAUUGAGAACAUUUGCACACAUGAUGUCACAUGCUGAAGAGAUCAAGAAAGAUGCUCAAAGGUGUGAAGCGUUCGCCAAGAUUUGUCAUACCUUGGCUCUUUUGGCUGGCUCACACAUAACUCUCCCAUCAAACCAAGAACUUUUGGAUAUUUUUGGCAAAAUGGUUGUCAACACUAUCACCAUUGCUACCGAGGAUUUGCACGAAUCCUUAGGGGCAGGAAUCUACCUGAGUCCCUCCUUGCUGGAUCACAGAUGCAGCCCUAAUUCAGUCAUGACUUUCCAAGGAAAAUCCCUGCGCCUGUCAGCUGUGGAAAACAUUGCUUGUGAUGAUAUAACAAAAGUGGCUGACCAUGUCUUUGUGAGCUACAUUGACCAGCUGGCCCCCUCCUGGGUGAGGCAGGCACAGCUAAAGGAACAGUAUUACUUCCUGUGUACAUGUCCAAGGUGUGCUAACCCAUCCCUAGACCAGCUGAUGACAUCAGGUAUAAAGGAAGAGGCUGAAACAAGUGAGAAUAACGGGAAAUGUGUGUCAAGAGAAGGCAAAACAGAAGCCGAACGAGCAUGCCAGGACCUCUUGCAGACAGUCUCAGACAUGCACAAAUCAGGAGCCAGUGAGGAGCAAAUUCUCUCUCUGUGUGAGGAGUGUCUUAGCAAAGUAAAGCAUCAAUUGCCACCAUUCAACGUUAGCCAUCUGCGAGUUCUGGACUGUGCACUUGAUGCUGCCAUUAGAUGUGGCAUGUGGGAACAAGCUCUUUCAUAUGUAGUUGUAACACUUCAACCAUACAAAACACUGUAUCCUGCAAUGAGCCCAAACACUGGACUUAUGUUGAUGCGAGCAGGCAAGCUACAGCUAUAUUUAGGGCAUACUGAAGAGGCCUCUGUAUCUCUAAGGGAGGCUGAGGCGAUACUAUCUGUGACACACGGCCAGCAGAGUGACCUGUAUCAGGAGCUGAGAGACCUUUUAGACCAGUGUCGGGAAGGUUCAGAACUGUCACAAACCACAUCAAGUUGAUAUAUAAAACUUACACAGAUUUGGCAGAAUAAAGGGGUUUUAUAAAAUGAAA